ACUGACUGCAGAGGCUCCUCUCUCCUUUCGUGCUCUGUGCUCUCCGCCAGAAACGCAUCUGUAGCACUAUAGCCCCACUCCCCCACGUUGCAUUUAGGAUGGGGGAAGCUGUGGUUAAGUCCAAGCAGUUUCCUACUUUGGCAAUCGGAGCAGUCAGAGCUUCGAAGAACAUUUCUCCCUCGCCUUCUUUUCAGCGAUCCUCCUCCGCGUCCUGGAUCAAGGAGAACAUCCUUAAGAGGGAAUGCUGCUACUUCGAAAAAGGUGUCAGAGAGGAUGAAUGCAAGUGUGGCCACUCAAAGACCGAUCAUGUGGAUGAAGCUAUCAAGCCGGAUAAUUUCACAGGCGAGUCUUGGGACAAACACAGACAUGUGCGAGAAGUUCCCACGGAUGCUUUUGGAGGCAUCAGCUUCGGUGGUUUGGGACAGAAGACUGGCAAGUAUGCACGAGUGUCCACCGACACGAGCCCGGAGGUCCUGUACCAGUUAUUGACCGAGCAGUGGAACCUUUCCCCUCCCAACCUGCUGAUCUCAGUGACCGGAGGAGCCAAGAACUUCUAUCUCAGGGCUCGUCUCGAGAGCAUGUUCCACAGAGGUCUCAUCAAGGUGGCGCAGACAACAGGAGCGUGGAUCAUCACUGGGGGUACGCACGCAGGUGUGAUGAAGCAUGUGGGGCGGGCCGUGAGGGACCACGCCCUGAGCAGCUCCAUGCAGGGCCAGAUUGUGGCUAUCGGAGUUGCGACGUGGGGAAUAAUUCACAACAGGGGCGCUUUAGUGAAUCCAGAGGGUUGUUUCCCAGCCAAUUACGAGAUGGACAUCGAGGGCCAGGGCCGACUCUCUUGUCUUGAUAACAACCACACCCACUUCCUGAUGGUGGAUGAUGGGACCCAAGGGAACUACGGAGUGGAGAUUGAAUUGCGUAGCCGUCUGGAGAAAUGCAUCACCAGAAAGCGGCUCGGAAACAGAGUGAGUGGCGUCACAAUCCCUGUGGUGUGUGUGGUUUUGGAUGGAGGACCAGGCACCCUAAAUACCAUUUAUAACGCCAUGCUCAACGGGACACCGUGUGUGAUCUUGGAGGGCUCUGGGAGAAUAGCUGAUGUGAUUGCCCAAGUGGCAGGAUUGCCAUUGUCCCGGGUCACCAUCGCCCUCAUUCACCAGUUAAUGAAAAGGUUAUUUGGCCAAGAGUAUGAAAACUUCUCCCACCUCAAGAUCAUAGAAUGGACCAAGAAGAUUCAGGACAUCAUCCGGAUGUCUCAAUUGCUGACGAUAUUCAGAAUAAGUGAGGAUAAUCACAGAGAGGUGGAUGUGGCUAUACUCCAAGCCCUGCUCAAAGCUUCGAGGGCCAGCGAGAGACUGGGAAUUGAGAGCUGGAAAAGGCAGCUGGAGCUGGCUAUAGCCUGGAACCGGGUGGACUUAGCUGAGACGGAGAUUUUCACUGAGGAGAGCCAGUGGAAGUCCAGCGACCUCCACUGGGCUUUGUUCUCGGCCCUAGUCGGAGACAGGCCUCGGUUUGUCAGUCUGCUGCUGGAGAACGGCGUGAGCCUGAACGACUUCCUGCAGGACGAGGAGACUCUGUGCGGCCUCUACAGAGAGAUGCCCGGCUGCGUCUUCCUCCGCAAGCUGGCCAAGCGCGUCCAGAGAUCCUGCCGCAGCAGGAGGAAGGGGUUCCACAUCCACAUGCAAGCUCGCCCGGGUCAAGGUGAAAUGAUCUCCAUGACUCAUGUGGCUGACGAGGUGCGCCACCUGCUGGGCAGUUUCACCCACGCCCUCUACCCUCCCCCUGACAUGUCCUGCCAGUUCGAAAUGCUUACAGAGGAAACGUCUCCAUCAAUGUCAAUGGGUUCUCAAAUGCAACUCAGAAACGACAAUGCGGAUGCACAGAGGGACCCCGGCAGAGACCUUUUCCUGUGGGCUGUGGUCCAGAACAACAAAGAGCUGGCUGAAAUUGCCUGGGAGCUGUGCACAGACUCUGUGUCCGCCGCUCUGGCCGCCAGUAAGAUCCUGAAGACGAUGGCCGAGGAGGGAAGUGAUGCGGACGAGGCAGAGGACAUGCGGGAGCUCGCCAGUCACUACGAGGAUCACGCCAUGGGUGUGUUCAGCGAGUGCCAAAACAGCGAUGAAGAGCGGGCCCGUAAGCUGUUGGUUCGCGUGUCUCCGUCUUGGGGAAGGACCACGUGCCUGAGGUUGGCACUGGAGGCUGACGAUAAGAGCUUUGUAGCUCAGUCGGGCGUUCAGGCUCUUCUGACGCAGAUCUGGUGCGGUGGGCUUUCAGUGGAAAAUCCUGUGUGGAGGGUACUGAUCUGCAUGGUCUUCUUCCCACUCAUCUACACCGGCUUUCUGGUGUUCAGACGUGAUGAAGUCAUUCACAGAAAAGCCGAAAAGAUGGAGGAGAUCAAGUCAGUGGAGACGGUAACAAGAAGUACGCUACGAACAAAAUCUCGCAAACUUGACCCCUCCGGCCCGAAGCCCCUGAAGCCUCUGAGCUGCUGGUGCCGGCUAGUCCAACUGUACAGCUCUCCACAGGUCAAGUUUUACUGGAGUAUCGUGUCUCACUUUGCCUUCCUCUUCCUGUAUGCUGUGGUGCUGAUGAUUGACUUCCAGGCUACGCCCUCUGCUGGGGAGCUGCUGCUUUACGUGUGGCUGCUCUCACUGGUGUGCGAGGAGGUCAGGCAGGUGUUUUAUGAUCCUGAUGGUUUUGGGUUUCAUAAGAAAGCCAAGAUGUACAUCAACGACCUGUGGAAUAUUUUAGAUGUUCUGUCCAUCAUUCUCUUUGCUCUUGGCCUCACAUUUCGGCUGACAACUGAGCUGUUCUAUGCGGGUAAAAUCCUCCUCUGCAUCGACUUUGUGGUCUUCUGCCUCCGCUUCAUGGCCAUCUUCACUAUCAGCAGAACCCUGGGACCCAAAAUCAUAAUAGUCAGGAAGAUGAUGACGGAUAUGUUCUUCUUCAUGUUCCUGCUGAGUAUCUGGGUGGUGGCGUACGGAGUGGCCAAACAGGGCAUCCUCAUCCACAACGACAACCGGCUGGACUGGAUUGUCCGCGGGGCAAUAUAUGAGCCGUACCUCACCAUAUUUGGGAAUUUCCCCACAAAUAUGGACUACGCUGCGUUCGACUUGGACUCCUGCAGCAUGAAUGGCACGGAUCCUCUGAAGCCAAAGUGUCCUGUGCUGAGUGAAAACCUAACGCCGGCCUUCCCCGAGUGGCUCACCAUUAUCAUGCUGUGUGUCUACUUGCUCUUUGCCAACAUACUGCUGCUCAACUUGCUCAUCGCCAUCUUCAACUUUACGUUCCAGACAGUUCAGGACAACACAGACAGAAUUUGGAAGUUUCAAAGAUACGAGCUGAUCAAGGAGUACCACAGCCGCCCUGCCGCCCCUCCUCCUUUCAUCAUCUUCAGCCAUUUUUACCUCUUUGUUCGCAACGUGUUGCUGAGCAGGGGCCGAAUCGCAAGCGAGAAGUUUAAGUGCGUGUUACCUCAGAAGGAGGAAGAGGAGCUGUUGUCCUGGGAGGCCCUGAUGAAGGACAGAUACCUGCUGUCCACACAGCAGGAGAAGAACCAGAGCAUGGAGCGACGCAUCCUGGACACAUCUCAAAAGGUCACCACCAUAACCGAUCGGCUGGAGAGGGAAGAGGAGACGGGUUCCGAUGCCGUGGUGCAAAGACUGGCUCGACUAGAGGAGCAGGUCUGCCAGUCAGCCAAAGCCCUGCAGUGGAUUGUGGACAGUUUGAAAAGUCAGGGUUUUGCAGCAAAAGAAGCACAACCGCCAACUUGGAGUGUAGCAGACGAGUCCCCGGAGACUCUGACAGAUCCAUCAGAGAAAGAGGACAGAAACCAUGUGAAAGCCCGUGAGCUCCACUAUCCCAACAGCAAACUCGCACGCUUUCCUGUGCCUGAGGAGAAGGUGCCAUGGGAGAUUAGCUUCAGCUCAUACAAGCCGACUUAUUAUGCUUCUGAAGACGGUGGAGACCACGUGGAUGGAUCAGAGUCAGAAGCCUUAGAUAACUACAGAAACCCGAGAGGAAGGACUGGCCUAAGGGGACGAGGGGCACUAAGCCGCCUCGGUCCAAAUCGAAGUGCAGAGCUUGUGCUUACACGCAUUCAAGAAGGCCAAAGAUCGGUUUUGGAGUACAUGGCGGUUUGGGAUGAGAGACAGGGAACCUUAACUUUACCUGGAGGGGCGCUCCAGUCGGCCGACCACUUGCCAGUGGCUCUUGAGAGAACCAUUGGGAGAACGAUGUAUGAAAAACUAAAUGCUAAAGUUUCUGAGGGAAUAAAGGUGUUUGAGGGUUACGUGGAUGACUGCAGGAACACGGAUAACGCCUGGGUGGAAAUCACCGUGCUAAACAUUCACCUGGAGAGCACGAGCCGGUUUGCCGCUAACAUCGACAGUAUGGUGGCGAGCAGCAAUGGCGCCCUUCAGUGGCAGGAGGUCCUGCAGUCCUUCUUCAGUCUUCUUCCUUCAAAGAGAAUGCUUUUUAUUUUUGGCUUUUUAAACUGAUGUCAAACCUGCUGCUGGCGUCUUAAUAAAGUCUAAGGAUUCAACACUGCAAGGAGU